AUGAACUACAAAUUACUUCAUUUUUUCGUUGUGUUGCUCCCAAUACGAAACAUUAGUGGUAUCUUCAACUUCUUACGAACUAUAGAAGCAGUCGGAUAUCCUUACUACAAAAUCCAAUUCUCUAUGGGGACUUGUAAAGUUACAAAAUUGUUUGAAGAGAAUAAAAUAUGGGGCAGCGUGAAGUUAAAUAGAGUCUUUGAUAUUUACUACAAAACUGAUGAUGGUGAUACGAUUUCAAGAGUGGAAAUUAAUUUAGUAAUGAACAAUACUAACUGUAUUUCACAAUCUAAAACAGGCGUUGGGAAAACAGAAUUUUCAGCUGUGUUGAUCUUGCCCACAAGUGUUGGAAGAAUAUUUUACAGCCUAUCUAUAUUUUCAUGCACUCCCGUGAAAAAAUACCCAUAUUAUGACGAAGAAGAAACCGAUUAUGGACUUUUAGAAUCAUCUGAAUUGUAUUCAGAGUCGGAUUAA